CUCUUCUGUUUUAAGAUCAGGGUUUCCAUGGAUACACAACAACAGAACAUCUCAUUUUCAGGGAUAUGCCAAAGACUUCUUCCAUAAUUAAGAACGAAAAAUAGCUAACUAGGUGCUUCCUAACCUUGGAUAUUCGUUGUGUUAUUAUAAUGGUGACUUUCCUGUCAUUAUUUUAGCUGUUAUUUAUUUUGGUUGAUGAUAGUGGACUAUUUUUGACGAUCAUCAUGCCGCAGAGUAUAGGGUCUUCAUCUAGGCUCUCUGGUAGCUCCCAUUCACGUCGCUAUCGCACCCUGGCACUCACCUCUCAUGUGGAUGAGAGCCUCUUUGGAACCCCAAAACAGGCUCUGUCAGCCUGCAAUGUCAAGGACGCUGAGAGGGGUGGCCGGUUCGGACCCAGGGGCCAGUCCAGGUCUGCUCCAAGUCAGAAGACUCAGAACCUAGAGACAGUUCGCAUCAUCACAAAGGACCUCAUCCGAGACCUGAAGAUACCGAGUAAGGAUCCGUCUGGGUUGUCUAUCAUCCUCCGCCCAACUGAUAUCGAGCGGAUCACAACAGCUUCUCUGGUUUCAACCAAGGAGGAGCGGGAGUUCACGUUGGAAUCCCAGAGGAGGGAGAGAGAAGCAGCUAUGGAUGCUGCUGAGGAUAGGAAGGCCCAUAUCCGCCAGGCUGACCUGUCUCGUCAGAAGAACCAGGGCCUAAGUGAACUGGAGGUCGAGGCCAAGGAAAGAGCUCAGUAUCUGCUGGAGAGGGCCAACGCCAUGAGGAUGGAGCAGGAGGACGAGGUCAAGAAACUCAAUGAGUUGAUCCUGGGUGCCCGGUGCCACGCGGUGAGGGAUGCCCAGAUCCUAGAGAGGCAGCAGAUCCUGGCUGAGCUACAGGAGGAGGAGAGGCGUCUGGAUGCCAUGAUGGAGGUGGACCGCAGGAGAGCCCUGGAGGCCCAGGAGCAGAUCGACGAGCUGCGCAAACACCAGAGGAUCCAGGGAAAGCAGCUGAUUAUAAACCAGAUUGAGGAGCGUCUGGAGGACAGGAUGCUGCAGAAUGAGAUGAAGGAGCAGGAGGGCCAGCAGAUGCUGGAGAACCUGGAGAAGAUGCAGAUGGAGGAGCUGGAGGCUCUGGAGAGGAAGAAGGAGGAGCAGCAGCGUCUGCAGCAGGAGAUCCUCCGUAUCAAUGAGGACAGCCUGCUGGCCAAGGAGCGCAACAAAGAGGAGGAGAGACUGGCUGACCUCCGGGCUAUGGAGUACACCCACAAGAAAAUGGAGCGGGAGGCUGAGUACGAGGCUGAACAGAGACGCAUCAAGAGAGAGAAGGAGAAGGACGUGGCCAGACUGCGAGCCCUACAGGAGAGAGAAAAAGACCACAAGGCAGAGCAGGAUGAGCUUCGAGCCAGGAGGAACCAGGAGGGAGCAGAGAGAGAUUGGAGGAGAAAAGAGAAGGAGCAGCUCAAGAAGAAGGUGGAUGUUGAGGAGAGGUUGAAGGCAGCUCGCUUGGAGCAGGUCACACAUAAGGAGCACCUCCUAUCCAUCGAGGCUGGGCGAGAGAGGGCUGAGUUUGACAGGGUUUUGAGGGCCCAGCAGGUAUCCAUCUGUAAGGAGAAGGACAAGGAGGAGAAACACAGGAUCAAGGUGUUGCGUCACGCUGACGGGGUGCGCCAGCAGGUGAGGGAGCGGGAGAUGCAGGCCAUCGCCCUGCGCAGGGAGGUCUACAAAGAGGGAGACCGGCUGGACGAGGAGGCCCGCCAUCGCCGCAUCCGCCUUGAUGAGAUCAAGGAGAAGAAGCUCAGGGAGCUCAAGGCUGCUGGACUUCCAGAGAAGUAUUGCAAUGAAGUGGAGAGAAGGGUGCAUGCUCUCCCUGCUCUGGCUCACUAGCAUGACUGACAGACUGCAACACAAACCCUGAUCUUUAUCAAAGAUUUCACAAUAGAGAUAAAUUGGCACUGCCAUCACACUUUGACAGGGUAGAGAAAAUAAUUAGUACAGGGUAUAAAUCUAGUGCAGCACCUUUGUGUUAGUGAUCAUUAGAUCAUUUCUGAAUAAAGAUGACUAUUACAAACUAUGAAUAUUUAUAAUUGUACUGUAGGCAUGACCUUAAGUAGUGCACAUGAACUAUUCAACAACUGAUCAAAGCAAAAAUAAACAUGUAUUGUUAAUAUAUUGACUUAAAUGUGAUUUUAAAAUUUACUGUUUUUUUGUUAGAUCAAUUAAUUGGACUGUGUCUAACAGAUUCCAGUCAUACAGGACCCAAUAUUAUUUUAUCUACAGGAUAUCAUUUUUAUUUAGUCUUUUAAAUGUCCCUUUCAGCAUGGCUUUUAUGACUAUGUUUAUUGUUAAUAUGCAUGAUAAUAGAAAGGUAUGUUCAGAGAUUAGGAUGACACUUUACACACACAGCUCAAAAGCACUUUGGGAAUAAAUACAUCAAGGUAAAUACAGGCUUUUAUUUCAGACCAUUCUCAACAAAUCACUAUGCUGUAGUACUGAGAUCUAAUUCUUCAUAAUAACCAUUGAAAUACAUAACCUACAGGAGUGUUACUGAUCUAAACAAGUUGACAUUAGGACACCAAAAGGAGCCUGUCCUCCAAUUCCUCUAUUUGUUCUCAGAGCCAAUCGCACUGACCGAACCAAACGGGACAGAGCUGAGGAGGACGACAAGUAGGAUCGCCACUUUUUUUUUUAAUGAUCCUUCUUAUGUACACACAAAAAUAUGGUGACCUAGAACACCACAACACCUGGCAUCCACAGACCUCAGCACAAGGAGGGUGAUGAGUAAAUACACAUGUACGGGUCUGCAGUCAGCCGUCGAUCGCCCCUGCAUAUACACAGACACGGGUCUGCAGUCAGCCGUUGAUCGCCCCUGCAUAUACACAGACACGGGUCUGCAGUCAGCCGUCGAUCGCCCCUGCAUAUACACAGACACAGUCUCACACACAAGCACUGUACACAGCAAAACAGGUCACCUAGAUUAAACACACAGAGUCAACAAAGGAGGACUAACAUCUACUGGGGUUGACUGUAGAGCCAGUAUAGGCCGAGGGGGAUUCAAAUUCUUAUUUAGAUCAUUAGAACACACACUCAGAUACAUACGUCUAUGCAUUUAAAACUCCAUAAAGCUACACGCCUGUGCAGAAUAUACUAUUGUUACUUAGUGUUGCUAGCUAUAGUCAUUGAAGUGGCAAUAUAUGUUCAAAUAUUAUGUAACCUUUUUUCAGAAUAUACAAUAAUGAAAUGCAUUAUACAGACAAUAGACAAUGUAAACUGUUCACACGUUCAGUACAUCAAAAUUAAGGGUUUCUAUUAGUUUCUUCUCACGACAGUGCAAAUCAGAUGUUCCAACUACUUCAAAAAGGCUAACUGCUUCUUUCUAAGGUCCACUUAAAUACAUAACAUAAACCUGUUAAAAAAAACAAAGGAAGUGUUCAGUAGUCAUAAAUAUGGAAUGUGGAAAACCAAAAAAAAAAAGUUGUCCAAUUUCUGUUAAAAAAAAAAAUACAAAUAAAAAAAAAGUCAUUCAUUGCAGUUAAGGGAGAACAGAAUAAAAAUAAUUGAAUGA